AUACGAAGAGAUAUUACAAAAUUAUAUUAUAGAACAAAUAGAUACGAAUGGUUUUUAAAUUAAAAUUUAAAGACGAAACGGCAAUAUUUUUACAAGGGGUUAUUAUUCACCGGCUACCAUCCAUUAUUAACACCAAUUAAAAAUACUGCGAAAUCAUCAUUAUGCUCUGAGGUCGGUGAUGACACGAUUCCCACAAAUCCACUACCCUUUUAGAUCCGUCCAUUUAUGUAUUUUAUUUUAUUUUUAAAUUUGGGAAAUUAUAAAGCUACUGAGGAAUUGUUCGUCAUCGUCAUCAUCUUCCUUGACAUCAACACCUGGAUCUUCCGUUGUUGGUAAGAACACUAAAAAAGCCCUUCAUUCAUCACUAAACGAAGCCAUUAUUAUCUGUUCCUCAAGUGCUUCGUCCACUUCCCUCAGUGUCCAUAAAUUUUCACUAUAAAUACACCCACCAUGAAUCCAAUCGAAACCCACAUCGGAAAUCGCCAAACAAAUUCAGGGUUCGAUUCUGAUUCACCGAAUUCCCCGUAAAAAUGGCAGCUUUCUUGAAGUUCCUCUGCGUUCUUGGACUGGUCGUCCUCGUCGGAGUCGCAGACGGCGCCGGGGAAUGCGGGAAAACGUCGCCGGACGACGAGGCGAUGAAGCUGGCGCCGUGUGCUGCGGCGGCGCAGGACUCCAACGCCGCCGUGCCAGCCGCUUGCUGCGCGCAGGUGAAGAGGUUCGGACAGAACCCAAAGUGUCUCUGCGCCGUUCUUCUUUCGGACACGGCCAAAGCCUCCGGCGUCAGGCCGGAAAUCGCCAUUUCCAUCCCCAAACGCUGUAACUUCGCCAACCGCCCCGUCGGCUACAAGUGUGGACCAUACACACUCCCGUGAAGAAGCUAACACUAGAAGCAUGAAGGAGACUGCGAGGAUUGGGGCUCUACGGCUCUAUGUAACAUAUUAUGAAUAAUGACAUAUAUAUAUAUAUAUAAAUAUUAUGUCUGUCAGUUUGAUCUCCGAAAUAUUUGAAUAAUAUAACAUCGAUUUCACUUUA